AUGAGCACCUACUCCAAAGGGGGAAUUCCUUAUUUUGGACAGGUUCCAGAAGACCCCUGGAUCCCUUCUCUGAGGCCGUGUAUGAGGGAGAUUGAUUAUAACCUGAUGAGAGAGAAGCAGGAGAUGUUCAGUCGCUCAGUCUCCUAUUCAGAUGACUCAGUGAUGAAGCUGCAGUAUUACACCGGGGACAGUGAGGGGGAAAAUGAUCCUGGAUCAGAACAAGAGGGAGCUUCCCCAGGGGGGUCUCAGUUGGAUUAUGAUAAUGUGGAGGAGCCUGCCUUGAACGACAUCUCCCAGACUCCAGAUGGCCAAGAUGCCCCUGCCCUGCCUGGAGAUGUCCCAGAGGAUGGUUAUGAUGAUGCCAGAGAAGUGUCUGAGCCUGAAGAUGACCCUGGUUUGGGGCAGAAUGAUGAGAAAGGCACUGGUGCGAGUGACAGGAACAGGGAUUCACAGACAGGCUGGAGUCUGCACUCUCUAAGGAAUGAAGGUGUCUCUGCAACAGAGAAAGAAACCCUGUUCCUGCCUCCUGGAGACACAAGUUAUGAUGAUGUGGGACAUGGUGACUCUGGGGGAUCAGUAUCAGAGAAAUGCGAUUGGACCAAAUAACCUUGGGAUAAUGUAAAAGCUUUCCCUCUUUCUCUCAGAAAUGCUCCCUCUGGCAUGAUUCCCAGAGACACUCCCUGCCUGGUAGAUAGACAAAGCAGAUGUUUCUUUAGGGUUUGUGUGAAGUUGCAGGAAAUACAAGUGUGAUUGGGAAAAAGUUCAGAGAUUUCCUCUGUGUAACUUCCAUUGAUUGACCAGGAUGGAAGUUUCCUGCUUUUUUAUCCCUGUAAUUUCUUCAGGUUCAAUUUGUGCCUUUUUC